AAUCUACAGUCUUGCGCUAUACUUCAUCUUCGUCAUGCGACGGGGUUACGUAGAUGGAAAGGUCACUGAGCAGUCGCAUAUUGCUUUCGUCAGCCGCACUUGGAGACUGUGGUGUCGUACUUCGGAAUGAAUGUGGAAAAUAAUAAUAAUACGGCAGGAGAGGAGGCAUCAAUUCACGGCAGCAUCAUUACCGUUCCGACAGCCUUUGGUGAGGAAGAUGAAGAUGAUGUACACAAAUGUGGACGCUGCCAUACCGAGUUUAAUAGUCUGGAAGCUUUUAUCCAGCACAAAAUACAAAAGUUCUGCCACCGAAAUUUGAACUCUACAUCUGCAGUUUCCCUUAGUUUGAUCAAUGAAGAGACUCUACAUACAAGUGAAGACUCUGUUACCGUUACCCAGCUGGUUGUUGAAGCACUACCAGAACUCAGUAAUGCAUCAACUGCUGACACAGAGUGCACUAGUGAAACUGCAGCCUCGCAGGAGCAGGUGCUUCACAGUCCUGCGGAGCACAGUGCUGAUGAGACUAAUGAUGAUCAGAAGAGUCCUGACAGCAUGGAAGAAGAGAGCUCCAAAACAGAGGCACAGCUCAAGAUAAUCCUCAACGAGGACGGACGUUAUGUGUGCCAUCUGUGCUGUAAGACCUUUAAAACGGCACAUACACUUAGGGUGCAUAUGAUCACACACAGUGACCGAAAAGAUUUUGCAUGUAAACUCUGUGGAAUUGCUUUUCGGACAAAGGGCUCAUUGAUGCGACACAACCGACGACACACAGAUGAACGCCCAUACACCUGCAAAAAGUGUGGAAUGAGUUUCAGGGAAUCUGGGGCACUGACACGCCAUCUCAAGUCUCUAACACCUUGCACAGAAAAGAUGAAAUUCAACAUGAAUAAAGAAAUUGUAAUUAAUAAACAAGACUGCCAGGGUAAAGGACUUGAUGAUUUACAUUCGGAGUCCAUUACUUCAGUACCUGCUGUAUCAGCGGACAGCUCAUCUGUGAUCAGCGUGGUGACAGACCCUAAAGGCAACGUGUUACAUGUAGAAAUGCAAGACGUUCCAUCUGAGAAUAUUGCAGAAAUCACAGCACAGCAGGUUACAAGUACUGAAGAACUACAGCCUGAUGGAGAAAUAAACCAUGAAAAUUUGUUGAGCCAGGCUAUAAGAAAUUCUGGAAUAGUGAUAGAGACUCUUACUGUAGAUGAUAUGGAAAGGUCUGAUGACUCUUCCAUGACAGGUACGGAAGAAGAAAGCUCCGAAUGUCGAACAGACGACAGCAUAGCAGCUGAAUGUGUUGGUCUGCAAGAGUCACAGGAAGUGUUUUCUGCACCAGGAACCCGUCAGCUGCACCAUAAGGAUCACAAGAGUUACAGACCAUUUAAUUGCCUGCUUUGUGGAAAAGAGUUUAUAACUGGGUACCUUUUGAAGAAGCACAUGAGCACACAUUUUAGUGAACGUCGUUUCAAGUGCGGUGAGUGUGGCAAACUGUACAAGACUGUUGCACAUGUACGAGAACAUAUGAAAGCCCACUCAGAUGAGCGACCAUAUCCAUGUCAGAAAUGUGGAAAGAGGUACAAAACGAAGAAUGCACAGCAAGUUCAUUUUAGGACACAUUUAGAUGACAAGCCAUUUGUCUGUCAGUACUGUUCCCGAGGAUUCCGAGAGAAGGGUUCAUUGAUUCGACAUGUCCGUCAUCACACAGGAGAGAAGCCCUUCAAGUGCCAUAAAUGUGGGAGAGGAUUUGCUGAGCAUGGAACUCUUAACAGACAUUUAAAAGCAAAAGGAGGGUGCCACGCUUCUGCUAAUCAGGCUGAACAUGUGGAAGUUACAGAGGACUGCAAAUCAUCUGAUGAGGUUGCUGCAACCAUUCUUGCUGAAGACCCUCACACUGUUCUAGUAGAAUUUUCUUCUGUAGUGGCUGAUACUCAGGAGUAUAUUUUAGAGACUGCAGGAGAAACGACGGAUGAAACAGCUCAACUAAUCGAGGGGACGCAGCAUCAGGUUGAGAGUCACAUUAUGAAGGUGGUACAGCAGAUAGUAAACCAUGCGAAUUCUACACACCAAAUCAUUGUUCAGAAUGUAACUGUAGAUGAAGGUACAGCAGUAGCUACAGAUGGCAUGGACACAAUCACUAUAGCAACUCCAGAGUGUCUGACUGAGCAAGUUGCCAUGACACUGGCAUCUGCUAUAGAAGAAGGAGCUGUACUGACAACUCAUGGUGGCGUGGAAGCUGGUGGUGAGAUAGUGACGGUGGUAUCAUCGGAGGACAUCGAUAUGGUAGAUCAUACAGAAGAAUUUGUUGUAGCCGCUCAUGACGGGGAAAUUGAAGUGCAAACUGUAAUUGUUGAUUAACGGAUACUAUCUGACAUUGUAGGCUUUAAUACUACAUCACGCACCGUGCCAGAUUAUCCCAGAAAGAAGUUGGGACAGUUGGCUAGUUUGUGUUUCCAGUUAUAAGUUUUUCAGCACAGCUUUGGUUUUGCAUGGAUCACUGAUGACUGACACCUCUGGUUCAGCUUUUGAUGGUUCAUUGUUGGAUGAACUUUUUAAUAAGGAUGUGAUGUAGUGUUGGGCAUUGCUGCGGCAGGCAUGGAAUGGUGAAUUAAGCCCAAGAUAAUGGUCUGUCAGGUGUACAGUCUGGUAUUGUAUCCCAGUUUGUGUAUGUAUGCAUAUUGAUGGCAAAUUAUGAAUUUAAAAUAUUUACCCUUUUUGCAUGCAACACGCAGUGGUGGUCAAUUCCUGGGACAUUUCAUCCUGACAAAAAUAAAGCCUGGAUCGGGCCCUGUGGCCAAAGAGAUAAUAUGGCAUUCAUCCAACCUGGAAUCGUGACCAUGGUACAGAAUGUUGCAGAGGUGCAUCUGUAGGGCUUCCACGUAUGUGAUGUUUCAGAGAAGGGCUGAGCAGCUUUCCUACAGUGACUCCUGAUGGUAGGACUGAUGUGCUCUCAUGGGAAAGUUUAUGUUUACUUCUUGUUAGGCACAUUAUAGAAGAGACAGAAAUGAAACAGUUGUGGACAUUGAUGAAGUUUUGCAGAUAAUGACUUUGUCUGGUCAUGACUGCACUGAUUCUUAUAAACCCGUGCUCCUGAAAGCUGGGUAGAGCAUUCACUGCCAGUCCCUGAUUCCACUAUUGUAUGGUAUGUCUGACCUUAGAUAAUGGUGCCAGGACAGUAAUUAGUACAGAAGUCACUGGGCAUUGAGAGUUUGUUACAGGCGGCGUAGGCAACAUGGGGACUAGUGGCCACUAAGGAAGUGUACAGCCAACAGUAGCUGCUGAAAUUCCUUAUGGGAGGUUUCUUGGGAUGACUUGCAAAGAAUGCAUCAUAUGAAUGAACAAAACAAAAUAUGUUGCAUGUAAAAGGUGGUAAUAUGAACUGAGUGUAAGAAGGCUAAAGCAUUAUAUCAAAUGAACCAAAAAUAAGCUUGAAAUGUUUAGUUAUCUGAAAUUGUUAGCACAUGACACAGAAUUACUAGUACCUUUCAAAGAAGUGUAUAGUUUUGUCAUGUAAAUUGUUCCUGUAUCAAGUGCUCAUUGAAACAAUGUUGCAUUACAGAGGCCGUCUGCACUGGAAGGAUUAUGUGUAUUUUUAUUUAUUUAUUUGUUUGUUUCUUAGCUGGACAAGUAGAAUGAUACUUUGACCCUUUUCAGCUUUGAGUUAGGCCAGAUCGUAAUCAUUUACUCCAUAUUUUGUGUGCCUUCCUACAUAUGUGUUCUUGAAACACCAAACUGCUGCUGUGUGCAUGACUUGUAUGCUGCUUUUGGCCUAUGCACGACUUAAAUGUUUCAUCUGCAUCCUGGAUCUCCUGUUCUUAGUCAUCAUCAAACCACUUCAUGUUGCCUGGCAUUGAAAUGUUAUCCUUUUCAUGGCCCAAAAAGCAUGAUCUGCCAACUGCAGAGCUGCACCUGUAAUCAGCAGAGUACCUUUGCCAGGGUAAAGCAUUAUGCUACCAACUCUAAACAUGCCACUGUUUCAGCCUCAUGACAUGUCUCUCUUUAAGGGAGAAGGUCAAGGCCUUCAUCAACAUAGCACUUAGCAAUAAAGGAACUAGUCGUGUUCAAUGGGUAAUCAGUUUUUUUUUCCCCUGAGGAUCCAAAGUAGGUUCAUGAAUGAAAGAAGGCAAGAGAUCUGGAUGACAGGUUUUAGCCCAGACAUGGUUUAUCUUCAGAAACAAAGACUGAACAAAGAGAUGCCUGCCCACACACAUACACACACAGACACACACUCACACAAAAACAGACUUGCAAUGUAAACUAGUGCCCUCAAGUAAUCAGAAAACAUGCUAUCAAUUCAGAAGGCAUGUUUACAGGCCUGACUUAGAUUUAGGAGAUUAAUUACCAUCUCCUUCAAUCAUGAAACUGACCUUUCAUCCACGAGUGAUGAGGCAGUAGCUAAGGCUUACCUGCAUUUGUUUUUAGGGCUUUGGCCAUCCCUGUACUUAACAAUGGAUUUUGACAGCCUUUUCAGUACACAAAGUUAGGUUGUUGGCUGUAUUAAAUACCAUUGUGCUGCAUCUGAUGAGUGUCUCUUCAUUGUAUGUUAAACCAUUACGUUUUGUGUUGUCAAAUAAACAUUUUUUGGUACCUUUACCUCUGCAUUCUGCAGGUGAGGGUUACAGGAGUUGGUCUAGGGGAACUACCAGAUAGAGCCUUCCUCCUCUGAGUUCUUGGCCAUUACUGAAACUGGAGUGGCAGAGGCCCUUUUCAUAGUGGCUAAUAAGGAUUAGUACUUGUCCUGUUAAUUUUGGGAAAACCAUGAGGCUCAUGAAAUCCAUUCUUGAGAGGCUUGAUUGCCCUCUCUCCUUUGGUCCUGCUAUUGAGCCAUGGGUAAACCCUCCCCUGGAGUCUACUAUAAGAGUUAUCAUAUGUGCUUGGACUUUGAGCCUUCAGCAGCUAAGAAGGCAAAUGGCUUAUAUUGCCUAUUUUCCCAAACGCUCUCUUCUCAUUAGAUAUUCCAGAACAGAUUAUUCAUUAUUUAUUUUUCUCAGCAUAGGUUUCAUGUACCUCAUCAGUUAUCCAUCCCUCCAUCAGAGAGUGAAAGGCGAUGGAUGAGUUUUGCAAAACAAUUUUUUCCUUUGGCACUUUGUUUGCAGUUCUUUUGAUUACUUAACUUGUAUGAUUUCUUUCCAGACAUCUGUAGUUGAGCAAACUAUGGAAAACUGUCCAUCUCUUGUGUCUCAGCUCAACAGAAUGCUUUGGAGAAAAUGUAAUACUGUAUGUUCACUGGAGUUAUAACUAGCCUGUUCUACAUGUAAUGUGGCAGAUGACAUAGUUAGGACUGUAGCAAAUGCCACAUGACACUGCAUGGCAACAUGGCUCAAACUAUACUCAUUUAAUGAGGAAUGGUGCCAGGCUGUCAUGUGUAUUUCUUUUCUGUUGAGGUGCUGUUUUACCAAGCUAUCUCAGGAGAUCAUUUGAUGACCUUCGGAAAAGGGCUGAAGCUUUUUCUGCUGGUGAUGCUGAAUAUGUCGUAUAUUUCCUUUCCUACUAUGAUAAGCUAUCUCAAUUGUUUAGGAAGAGCAAAACAGCCAUAUAUCAAGUUCUGCCAGCUGCAGACUUCCUCUCUUUUCCUGUUCUCCAGCAAAGCUUUUUAAUAGGCCUUCUGCUCAUUUGGCUUCUCAAAAUACCUGUCUAUUCUCCAUCUGACCAUAAAAGUAUGAAAUGUAUGCAGGGUUCCAUCACUGUGCAAAUUUGAGUUUUGCAUGUCAAAGAAAAGGCCACAUUCAAGAACUGCUCUAGCUACCGCUGAUAUACCUUGUGUGGCAGAUCAUUUGAUAUACAAGGAGCUACUGUCACAGAUUUGUCAAUGCAUGAAAAAAAGGCAGUAGAAACUGUUCUGCCAGGACAGUGAGGAAAACGAGUUUACCCGUUGUCUGCUUCUCAAGAAAUUUGGGAGCAUGUUCUGAACAGUUCUGAGUUAAAACAGCUCCAGCCUCACACCAGUUGUGCUAAAGUUCUGCUUGGUGACCUCUCUUUAGGACAUACUGUAUAUAUUCCCACAAGAAGAAGCACCCCCCCCCCUGUUUCUGGUGCAGCGCAUUUCUUUUUCUGCUCAGUUCUGAGGGAGCUUCCCUCCUGGAUUGUGUCACAGAGGUUGAUUCAGCUCAGCUUUCUUGAAACCUGCUGAGAGCUGUGGAAUUGACAUUGGUCCAGAUGUUCCUCUCACUGCAUGUGUAGUCCCUGCAAUAGGAUAUGUUGCUUUUAGUGGCUGAAAAAUCUCAUCCAUGUUUUUGUUGUGCUGCUCUUUGUCAUCAUUUCCUGGACUAUUGAUUAUCUGCCCACAACAUGAAGCUAGGCUUCGAUUUCUUCCACGAAGCACUUCCCACCUUUGAGUGCAUUUCCGAAAGAUGGGAAGAGCAUCCCAUUUUAAAAUUAAUGCGGUCAAGUUCUUUGAAGUCCACUGUAGAAGUGGUAACCUUUUUUGGGCUGUUUACUUUGUUCCUAGUUUUGUAGGCUGAGAGAGCUCUCCUGAAGCCCAAGCCUCUCCUUUUGAGAUCAUACAAUCAGGCAUUGGUAUAAUUCUUGAACAGGUGUGGGGAGAGGGGGACUUGCUUCUUAUUCUCUGCAGAAACUCAUUCAGCUCUUGGAAAUGGGUCAUCAGCUGGGAGGCAUUUUCUUGGUAGCAGUUUAUAUCUGAAUGAAAGUCAAAUGUCCUGGUAGGCAUCUUGAGCAAUGGUUUGAGUUUUUGCCACUUAACCAGUGAUUUCAUCUUGCAUUUUUUUCCAGGUAAUGAAAACUGGAGAGCAUAUCCCCCAUAUGCUGACUGUUCACUGUCAUUUGUUAUCUGCAGCUAUGUCCCUUGCUGCUUUUUGCAUUGGUGCUUUGAAAUUUCCAAACAAACUUAAUCUGUAUUGUCAUUUGUUACCCAAGGCCAGUAGAGCCUUGGUGGCAUACCAUUCCACAAGUGUGAUGGCUGCUUGGUGCAUGCUUCAUGAAUGUGUCCAUGGUGGACAUCUGUGCAAUGGCUACCUAGUCACUGCAUAGCCUUUCCGAACACUGUAGUUUGGGCUUCAUUUCUAAAGCAGAGUGCCCUUCUGGAGAACUAUUCUUCAUGACAUUCUGUCUGAAAGUUGCACGACUUGUGUCAUUUGAGCUUUUCCUUGGGCAUUGCCUGGAAUUCUGCUGUAGUGUUCCACUAAUGUCAGAGCAAUAUAAAACAAAUGUAUGAAUCCAUAGCAUGACAUUCAAUGUCUGAGAAUAUACAGUAAAUGUGUAUGUGUUCAUCAUAUCAGAUUCAUUUUUGAGAGGGCCUUUUUCAAUGGGCGCAUAUGUCCCUCUUCAUUAUAUGGGAUACUAUAGAUGUUGCACUGAGACAGUAGGGUGCCAUUUAUGUAUCCUUUCCAUGAAGAGCAUUCUCCUUUCUUCAAGAAAGUACUAAGGACUGGGGAUCACAAGAGUGUCCAUGCCCCUUAAUCCUGAAGCUGAUUUGCCUUGCACAGUUCAAAUAGGGCAUAAGAAGAGGUUUAUGUGCCCUGAGUAUGUGAGGCCUUAAGAUUUUAAGAAGAGCCAUUUCAGAGGAGACAGGAAUGAUGUGCUUAAGUGUUUGUCUUCCUCCUACUGCAGAAGGCAGUCCUGUUGAUCAGCUGACAUAGUGAGUACUCAGUUCUCUCUCAUUUUAACAGCAGCAGCUACCCUUGUUUGGAUGUAACCAAUGCUUCUUGUUGCUUAGGUAUGCUGUAUCAGCUGUUUAAGACACUAAGGGACAAUGAUAUUGUUUAGGAAAUGUUGACAACACAACAGAAGGUACAGUGUUAUGAUUACAGUCUUGGACUAUUUACAUUUUUAAAUACAACCCCCUUCCCCUUAAAAUGAUGCAUUAUUAACAGCCUUUUGGAUUGUUUUAAUUUUGUAGUUAAUACUGUUUGAAAGUUGUUCAUGAAAUAUAAUACAGUACAUCAUGUGGCCUUUGAAAUGUACUUACAGUAGAAACUUUUUGCAAAAGCAAGUGUUUGAAAUAACCUGACUCAUUAAACCAAACUGCUUCCAGACUAGGACCACUUGAAUAAAGUUUUUAUUUAGG